CCUGGGCGGCUCCAUUCGCUGUUUUUCCUCUUCUCCGGGCGGUGACUUCACCUGUGGUUCGCGACGAUGCAGCUCAAACCCAUGGAGAUUAACCCCGAGAUGCUGAACAAAGUGCUGGCGCGGCUGGGGGUCGCCAACCAGUGGCGCUUCGUGGACGUGCUGGGGCUGGAGGAGGACGCGCUGAGCUCGGUGCCGGCGCCUGCCUGCGCGCUGCUGUUGCUGUUUCCACUCACCGCCCAGCAUGAGAACUUCAGAAAAAAACAGAUUGAAGAACUGAAGGGACAAGAAGUCAGCCCUAAAGUGUACUUCAUGAAGCAGACCAUUGGGAACUCCUGUGGAACCAUUGGACUUAUACAUGCAGUGGCCAAUAAUCAAGACAAACUGGAAUUUGAGGAUGGGUCAGUCCUGAAACAGUUUCUUUCUGAAACGGAGAAGUUGUCCCCCGAAGACAGAGCAAAAUGCUUUGAAAAGAAUGAGGCCAUUCAGGCAGCGCACGACGCCGUGGCGCAGGAAGGCCAGUGUCGGGUAGAUGACAAAGUGAACUUUCACUUUAUUCUGUUUAACAACGUGGAUGGCCACCUCUAUGAACUUGAUGGGCGGAUGCCUUUUCCAGUGAACCACGGCUCCAGUGCAGACGACUCGCUGCUGCAGGACGCUGCCAAGGUCUGCAGAGAAUUCACCGAGCGUGAGCAAGGGGAGGUGCGCUUUUCUGCCGUGGCUCUCUGCAAGGCCGCCUAAUGCCCUGUGUGGGCACUGAGCUCUUCUCCCCUCUUCCCUUCACCAUCGAAGUGUACCCCUGCCCAAGCAGUCUUAAAAGGCUUCGGUAUCGUAGAACAUAGCUAUUCUCCUUUGGUUCUGUAGCUAUAGCCCUCAGCCACACCCGAGCGCUAGUGGAGCUCAGCUGUCCAUUGAGCAGUUUGGUGUAAGCUCCAGACGGAGAAGCAUCUCCCCAUUGUAUGUCUGUACCUCAAUAUAUCACGCUUUAAAUGGCUACUUUGGUUUGUGUCUGGAAGUUAAGGUCUUGGAUGUGGUUUAAAUUGUUUGUCCUUAUAAGGAAUAAAACUUUUCUGCUGAUACGA